GAAACAAAAAAAUUAAAUCUGAAAAUUCCGAAAUAAUCCACAACAAAUAUGUUCUGCAAUAAAAACAAUGGUGACUACGAUCAGAAUAACCUGUGAUGGCGUCUUCAUACAAUCCAAUUCAUUUCUAACCUCAACAACGGCAUCGUCAUCAACAACAUCCUCAAAUCUUGCAGGAACAACAACAUCACCAUCUUCCGACGAAGCAACAACCCCGACAAUAUUUUCAUCAAGCACAGCCGAUACAUUGGUGGAAAGUCGAAACAUAACCCCGGAGCAGGAAGACGACGAGAAGGAUAACAGCUCCAGUGCCAGUAGUACGACCACGACACCAACCCUAAUCACCACCUCCCAUGGAAGUGCCAAAGAUCGUUCGGAAUCGAGUAAUUUUCAGUAUGACGAAGUACGAACACUCGUCCCACAAUUAAAGAAAUCGGGCAGUGAUUCCUCUUCCUCCUCGACGGCGGGGUCUAUUGCCUCAACCCUCAAUUCUCGCAACCUAUCCGUUAGUCCAAAUAAUCGUGCGAAACGGCCUCGUACCCCCAAAAAUGAUAAUCGUCGAAGGUAUUAUUUUGGCAGCAACAAAGUCUAUUGGUGUAAGCAGUCACUGCUGAAUGGUGGCAUUCCAGCAUCGCCGAUUUCCCUACACAACGGGCCGCGGAGAGCAGGGGAUGAGAGUACGAAAAAACCAGCAACACAACAUCGAGUAAAUCUCCAACGGAGUGCCAGUUCGGUGACCGACAAAGAAUUACAGCAGAAGAAGAAACAAAUCAAUGGUCAGGACGAAAUAGAGCAGCGACCCCGAACACGAGUCCAUAAACUUUUGACAGCCUCGAAUAGUCUCAAUUCUUGCACAUUCCACUCCAACGGGAAUCAGAAAUUCAAUCUCAAAGAAUUUUACAAUUUUUCCGCCAAUAAAAUCAAAGCCCCAACGGGGGCAAUACUAAACACCAACCCACAAAGUGGAGGCAAGAACAACAAUCGCAAAUCCUCACCCAAGACAAUAUCCGGUGGCACCUCAAUAUUCCUUGUCAACGGAGGUGGAGGUUUCAGUAUUAACUCCUCAGUCUAUGGCAGUCAACGCAAAUCCCCAACGCCAGCAACAGCAAAUGAUUCAACGCGGCUCUUGAGUUUUUUACGCUCCGCCAGGAAGCUUUAUCGCAACAGUAUUCGUCUAAAUCAUCAACAUUCUCAGUCGCCCAACAAAUCCUCCUUGUCCUCCUCUCCCCGCCACACUGAAGACCAAAGAGAUGAAGUCGAUUCGCCGUUAAAUUCAGCCAACAAUGUUCCUAGCUAUCGCGAUAAGCUAAGGCAGAGCUAUCUCUUUGGCCUCAAGAAUUUCUACAAUCAACCAAAUGAGAAUAGCAGCAGCAACAACAACAACAACAAUAAUAACAAUAACGGCGGUGGUAGCAGUAGCUGUAAGGGAAAUAAGCCAGUAUUAAGCGAGGAAUGGUUCGAUGAAGACGCACUACCAGACACUAAGGAAAAUACAAAUCCCCUUAAAGAAAAUCUAAAGACUUCCAAUGAUGUUGUAGAUGGUUGUCCUGUCAAGGAUUCAAACGCAGACCAAACACCCAUAAAGAAAAGCAAUAAAAACAACAGUGACGUCAAAACCAAAUCCCUCCAUGAUCAAGCAACCGAUACAGGAAUCAACAACACCAACAAUAGCAAUCUAAGUAGACACGAAAGAUCUAAUGGCACAGCAGUAGAAAAUUCGGAAAGAAAGGAAGUUGCCAAAGAAGAAGAAGACUUCCCCAGCACAAAUUUUUCAUCGUCAGUAUCCUUAGCACAACAGAGGUUAACAAAUACCGAUAACAACAACAACAAUAACAGCAACAAAAGCAGAAACGACAACAAUCCAUCAUCGCAGUCGCCAGCAACAGCCGCAGCAACUGCGAAUAGCCCAGGUUCCCAGACGACAGUUAUGAAUAGUCACGCAACGGCCACACAAAACGGCGGACAAACAACAAUCGUUGGUCAUCAUCGCGGUUUCUCCCAGCCAACGGUAACGGUGGCAACAUCGAGCACGGGCGGUGAUCCAUGGUUUUUGCAAUCAACCGGGCAUCAGAUGCCACCAACGGCCCCAUUGCGUCAUAAUAAACGUCCAGCACCGCAGCCGGUAACGGCGGCUGCUGGUGGACCCAACAAUCCAAAUAGUUUGCUAGCCAAUAACAGUGUAAGUGGUGGUAUAGGCGGGGGUGGUGGCAGCAUUGGUAAUAUCGGCGGCGGUGGUGUUGGCGGCCUAGCCGGCAUUGGUGUCGGUGUUGGUGGUGUUCCCAUCAUCGCCAGCAAUAUCACAUUGCAACAGCAAUUUAGCCAAUCCCAACCCCAUAUUGUAGCACAAUCAGGCAAUUUAUCAUCAGCGUCAUCUCAUCAUAACAAUGUGAAUCAACAUCACAAUGCGAUUCACUUGUCCUCGCAUGCACUUAAUAGUCAUAUAACAAAUGCAACAGGUGUUGCUGGAGGCGGAGGAGGCAGCACUAUUCUGGCUGGUGGUGGUAUUAUAAAUGCCGCUGCCAAUCAUUCACCCAAAUCGCCAAAUCAACAUCCACAGCAGCAGCAGCAACAAUCCCACAGUUUAAUGUCAACAUUUACUCCCAUUGUCGGUUCCGCGUCGACGGCAUCGUCUGUUACGGCCGCCGCAGUGGCCAGUGUCACCCAGCAGCAACAACAACAGCAUAUGCAAUUAUUAAAUGCCGCAGCAGCGGCCAAUAAUUGCAACAAUAAUCUGAUGUCGUCUUCAUUGAAUGCUGCCCACAGCACUGGCAUGUCACUGCACGAACGUGGCCUACCACCCAAAGGUAUGGGUCUAACAGCAAAUGCCGGCGGUGGUAGCAAUAUGUUACUUCAUACACAACACCCCGCCCAGCAACAGCAACAACAACAGCAGCAGCAUCAUCAUCCCAAUCAAACGUCGUCAUUGGUCAUAAAUCCGGCGGGAGCCAAUGUCGGAGCAGGUGGUUCGGCUAUGACGACAUCAUUGCAUAGUUUUGACAUAAAUGGUGCAGCAGUUGUUGGCGGUAAUCCCGUUGGUGUUGGCGCCCAGACAUGGGCAACCCCCUCCCUAUCACCGACAUCGGGCAUGGCGCCCAAUCAUCAUGUUGGCCAACAGCAACCGCACAAAAAAUGUGAGGUUAAAUUGAAUGCAAUGCCUUGGUUCCAUGGCAGCAUUACCCGUGACGAGGCCGAACACUUGCUACAGCCCCGCGAGGAUGGCCUGUUUCUAGUGCGAGAAUCGACCAACUUCCCUGGUGACUAUACGCUCUGUGUAUGCUUCCAGGGUAAGGUGGAGCAUUAUCGUGUGAAAUAUUUGGAAAAUAAGCUAACCAUUGACGAUGAAGAAUAUUUUGAAAAUUUGGGUCAGCUUGUAGCGCACUAUGAAGCCGAUGCCGAUGGUCUGUGUACACAACUGGUAAAAUGUUUACCCAAACAGGGUAAACAGGAAUACUGCAUCAAUUCGAAAGAUUUCAUUGACAAAGGUUGGGUUAUACCCGAAUCGGAUUUACAAUUACGCGAGAGCAUAGGCAAGGGUGAAUUUGGUGAUGUUAUGUUGGGCAUACUGCGCAAUGAAAAGGUGGCUGUAAAAAUGCUUAAAGACGAGGGAGCUGUACAGAAAUUCUUAGCAGAGGCUUCAGUUAUGACAACACUGGAACAUGAAAAUCUAGUGAAGUUCAUUGGUUUAGUCUUUACUAGUAAACAUCUGUAUUUGGUUACGGAAUAUAUGAGCAAAGGAUCACUGGUUGAUUAUCUAAGAUCGCGGGGACGACAGCAUAUAACUAAAAAGGAUCAAAUCAAUUUUGCUUAUGACACGGCUUCUGGUAUGGAAUAUUUGGAAGCGAAAAAGGUUGUUCAUCGUGAUUUGGCUGCCCGUAAUGUUCUCAUUUCGGAAGAUUGCGUUGCCAAGGUAUCCGAUUUUGGUUUGGCCCGUGAAGAAUGCUAUAAUCUGGAUGUCGGGAAAUUGCCAAUUAAAUGGACUGCCCCCGAGGCAUUGAAAAAUUGGCGUUUCUCUAAUAAAUCCGAUAUGUGGAGUUUUGGCAUUUUAUUAUGGGAAAUUUAUUCAUUUGGUCGUGUUCCUUAUCCUAGAAUUCCAUUAACCGAUGUUGUGAAACACGUUGAAGUCGGCUAUAAAAUGGAAGCUCCCGAGGGUUGUCCUCCCGAGAUCUAUGAAAUGAUGAGACAAGCCUGGGACCUUAAUCCUGCCAAACGACCCACAUUUGCUGAACUAAAAGUGAAACUUUUACAUUUGAAAAAUAAUACGGCGUGAAAGAUGAGUUAUUGCCAAUAGCGUAAAAGCAACUACUACAACAACAACAACACCACUACCACCUUUUAAGAAAAUAAAGAGAUAGCGACAACCAAUCCCUGCAGCAGCUGUUACAAUUUAAAAGUAUAAUAAAUAUUAUUAUAAUGACACACAGAUACACUUAACGAAAAUAUGAUAACAACAUACUAAGUAGAGAUUGCAACAACAACAAGAAGAAUUAAAAUCUAAAAAACAAAA